AUGAUAAGUCUGUUUCCCUCUCAGGCAUUGCUACCGUCUUUUUUGCGGUCUUUUCCUCAGCUUGGACGGACAUGGAGGCCACUCAACUUCUCCAGCCGGAAUUUCCUCCAGAUAUCUGCAGGUCGGAAAAUUGAAGAAGAGACCAUCCCGGGUUAUGUUGCUUCCCGGUAUUAUCCUGCUCGAAUAGGGGAAAUCUUCAAGGAUAGGUAUCAAGUCGUAGGAAAAUUAGGAUUUGGAGCUAGCUCAACUGCAUGGCUUGCACGGGACAUGAACUGCCGUCGUUAUGUUACCCUCAAAAUCUAUAUCAACUCUGAAUCAAUGGGACAGCAGUUACAUGAUGAGCUCAACAUAUACAAACGUAUGGAGAUAGGCUCAAAAAAUCAUCCAGGUCGCAGUGCUGUCAGAUCAUUACUUGACUCGUUCGAUGUUGAUGGACCUGAAGAUAAACACCGAUGCCUCGUACAUCCUCCAUUAUGGGAAAGUGUUUUGACCUCUUUACACCGUAACCCGGUACGAAGGCUGCCUGCACCGGUCCUGGCAUUUGUGCUCCAGCGCCUGUUUUUGGCAUUGGACUAUCUACACACAGAAUGCCAGAUCAUACAUACUGAUAUCAAGGCCGAUAAUAUCAUGUUUGGCAUCGCGGAUGAUUCUGUUUUCGGCGAUUUUGUAGAGGAGGAGCUUCAAACCCCUUGUCCGAGGAAGGAACUAGACGGAAGGACAGUUUACGUGUCCCGAGAACUCAAAAUGCCCAGGGAAUGGGGUGCCCCCGUCCUAUGCGACUUUGGUUCUGCCAUGCUUGGCGACAGAGACCACUUCGAAGACAUCCAACCUAAUAUCUAUCGAGCACCGGAGGUAAUUCUGGAAGGCCCAUGGACGUUCAGCGUCGAUAUAUGGAAUGUGGGAUGCAUGAUCUGGGACAUUUUCGAAAGCGACUCCUUGUUCACCGGCCAAGACCCGGAAUUUCGAACUUACCGAAGUCGAGCGCAUGUCGCCGAAAUGAUAAGUCUGCUUGGCCCACCGCCGCCCAGGCUUCUUGCCCAAGGGAGGCUAAGCCACAAAUUCUUUUCAGAUGAGGGCAAGUCAAGCUUUUUGUAUUAUCUGGUGAAUUCUUGUAAUUUCUGUGCUGGAAUUCCAUUACAAGAUCACACCCCGCUUGAGGAGAGGGAAACUACUCUCAAUGGACAGGACAAAGUGAAAUUCUUACGCCUAAUACGGAAGAUGCUGCAGUGGGAGCCGGGCAAGCGUAGCUCUGCUAAGGCGUUAGGAGAGGACGAGUGGAUACGUGAGCAUUUGUAA